UGUGACCGCCGGUGUGCGGCACCGCCUCCCCGCCGGGUCUCCUCCUUCCUUCCCUCCCUCCCGCUCCCCGUCUGCCCUCGCAGGCGGGAGGCGGCGCGGAGGGAGCGUGCGGUGCUGUGCGGACAGCCCCUGGCCGGAGCCGAGCCGAGCCCCCGCACCAUGCCGGCCGCCGCGCCGCCGCCGCUCCACCCCGCGGCGGGCGCCUGCUGCCACUGCCAGGGACGCCAAGGCUUGUUGGACCAUUCCCCACGCAACGCAGGCUCAAAAGUAAAAGAGAGGAAACUGCAUGGGACUUGUCCUCCUGUUGGUCGUGGAAACUAUGAAAAACCAUGUUUGGGUGAAAGCAGCCACAGGUCCUCAUUUUUCAGUCCCCACAAUGGUUUUCACACGAUACAUUCAGAGCACAGUCCUGUGAAGCCAAGGAUAAUUACAGUGGUGAAACCUGGGGGACGCACGCUCCGGAGGAUAACCUUGCUUCUCAACAGGAGAUCAGUCCAGACCUUUGAGCAGCUGAUGGCUGACAUUUCAGAAGCUCUGGGAUUUCCUCGUUGGAAGAAUGACCGUGUGAGAAAGCUGUACAAUCUGAGAGGCAGAGAAAUCCGAAGUGUUUCUGAAUUCUUCCGGGAAGGUGAUGCGUUCAUAGCUAUGGGGAAGGAGCCUCUCACUUUGAAGGACUUGGAGGUGGUAUUACAAGAACUUUAUCCUGAAAAUCCUUAUGCUGCCAGUGCUGCCAUUCAGACGAAUGAGGAGCAGUCCCAAAAACUGAAGAGCAGGCUGUAUGACAAGGCCUCGAAAGUAGACAGUGGCUUUGAUGAGACAGAAAUGACCAAGAACUGCAGCGAUGGCUUGUCUACCCAGCUGGUAGCUGGACAUGAAGGAAAAAGUCAAGCCAAGACAAAGCAAGAGGACAAAAUGAGAACCAAAAAAAAGUGGACUAGAGAGAGCUGGGGUGGUGAGCAUGGAGUGAAGCCUUCUAGAAAAACACGAGAAAGUGAGAGGUACCUUAACCAUGAGAGGAGUUCUGAGGAAGGCUUAGAAGAGAGUUCUGAGGAGGUGCUGAGGUGUGAGAAAUGCGAGCAGGAAAGGCAGGCCAGAGAAAAGUUACGGAGGGAAAGGCAGGCUGAGGCCUCGUUUGAGAAUAGAGACUUGAACACAGGCGUGUGUCAGAGGUACCACGUGGAAAGAAAUACAAAAGUCAGGAACUGCCGAAAGUCUCCUGAAACAUGUCUGGAUGGUGAGGAAGUUGGCUGGAAAGAUAAUGGCGGUAGGAGGAUGUGGAAGCCGCUACACAGGAUUGUUAAUGAAGGGCUGGAGAAGCAAAAAAGGAACAUUGAGAAAGAAAGGGAUGUGGAGAAGCAUGAAAACCAUGGGAAGGAAGUAGUAAAAAUCAGGAAGAAUGUUGUAGAAGGGCUCCAGCUAUCUCAUGAAGUGAAGGAAGGUAAUGGAAGUGUAAUGAACCAAAGUGGUUGGCUAAAGAAAGACACUCUGAGGGAUGCUGAGAAAAUGUCUAAAACACAUAGGGAGGGCAGAGAGGGACAAAGGGCUAAAGAGGAAGCUGCCAGAAGAGAGGGGAAUGGCACAUGUAGAGAGAGUGACAUGACUCGACGAGAAAAAACAGGGGAGCGUAGAGUGAGUAAAGAAGACAACAAAACUCAGGGAUUGGAAAGCACAAGCAGGAGGCAUGCAAUUAAAAGCAGAACUGAUGUGGAAAAACACUAUGAGAUUGGGAGAACUAUUGGGGAUGGGAACUUUGCAGUGGUGAAGGAAUGUCGCCACUGUGAUUCCAAUCAGAUCUAUGCAAUGAAAAUUGUUGAUAAAUCCAAGCUGAAGGGGAAGGAGGACAUGAUGGAAAGUGAAAUCCUCAUUAUUCGGAGUCUCUCUCAUCCUAAUAUAGUAAGCUUAAUUGAGGUGUAUGAAACAGAAGCUGAGAUCUACCUAAUCUUAGAGUAUGUCCCAGGAGGGGACUUAUUUGAUGCAAUCAUAGAAAGUGUGAAGUUCACAGAGCAUGAUGCUGCUGUCAUGAUCACUGACCUGUGUGAAGCACUCGUUUAUAUUCACAGCAAGAACAUUGUCCACAGGGACCUCAAACCAGAGAAUCUCUUGGUUCAGCACAAUGCAGAUAAAUCUACUACACUGAAACUGGCAGAUUUUGGCCUUGCUAAGCAGGUUACAAAACCCAUAUUUACUGUCUGUGGAACACCAACGUAUGUUGCUCCUGAAAUACUUGCUGAGAAGGGCUAUGGCCUCGAAGUAGACAUGUGGGCAGCUGGUGUGAUCCUUUACAUCCUGCUCUGCGGUUUUCCCCCUUUCCGCAGUCAGGACCGUGAUCAAGAGGAGCUGUUUCAGAUCAUACAACUGGGUCACUACGAGUUCCUAUCCCCUUACUGGGACAACAUUUCUGCAGCAGCAAAAGACCUCAUCACCAGGCUGUUGAUAGUGGAUCCCCAGAAGCGCUACACAGCACGCCAAGUACUUCAGCACCCCUGGAUCAGAACAGCCGGGAAAACGAACAGCAGGAAUUUGCAGAGGGAAGUGACAAUAAACAUUGAGCGCCAUUUCCGGGCCCAGCGCCGAAAGGAGGUUGUUGAUGAGGACACAUGAAAUCUUUCAAGCUCAUUUUGUCUUCUUUUUAUUGAUUAACAAGUCAUUUAUGUUUUCUCUUCUAAAUGAAUUGGGAAUUUAAUGUGUAGCUGUUGGUGGCUAUUGCCAUGCCUUUUUUUUGAUUCUGAGAUUCUGAAGGACGGAGAUCACAUUCACAUCCACCUCCUCUGAUGUUACUUGGCAGUCUCUCUGUUGAAAGCAGUGGGGACUAGAUAAAUUCUGUAGGGUGUCUAUUCUUUUUCUUUAAGUACUGAUUUGGGCUUUUAUGUCUUUUACAAAUGUUUGCUUCUGUGAGUCACUCUAGGGAUGAGUCUUCUCUCAUCCUUUUUUGUAUGAUAUUCUCCGGGAGUUUUGUGUUUGUAAUGUUUUCAAAAUAGCUGUCUGCAUACACGUCUUGCACUAAUUCUUUAAACGGUCUUUUCACUAAUUCCUUCUAGCCACAGAGAAGGGAGAAUAAAAAGUAAAUAAAUUGUUUAGCUGUAGGAUAUAUUAAACAAACAGCCAGAUACUGUAUUUAUUAGGUUGUGAGGGAAUACAAAACCUUACUGACUAAAUCUGAUGUUUUAUGAUAUGUCCCUUGGCAACAUCUUUCAUUGGUUAAUAAUGAUGGGUACAAUGGGUACCCAUCAUUAGGGUAAUAGAUGGUACAAUGUUCCUGUUACAAGAAGGUGGUGUACUAUGUAGGAUUCAUUUGUUUUUAGAAGGUGGAAGAUAUGGCUUAAACCUUUUCAAGAGUCUAAUAAUAACAAGUUUCAAAGAGGUUUUCUUCCUCCUCUGGGCAGUAGGAAGUUAAGCAGCUCUAAGAGCGCUUUGCUUUUUUUCUCAAAAUCAUAAUUACGGAGUGGUAACUCAGUCAUUUUUCCAUAUUGAAUUUUUUCCCUCUUGGAGACAUCCAUGUGCAUCUGUGACUUUUCCAUGCUGAUGGAGAAGAAAAAGCUGGGGCAUUGUGACUAAAGUUAAUCCUUGCCUUCACAGUUUCCCUUUUGUCAACACACUUUUUCAGUGUAGUUUAGCAAUUUUUUUGUUUGGUUAGUUGGGUUUUUCCAUCUCUUGCCCUUGCUGUGACCUUUUCUCCUUGCUUCCAUGAGAAUAGGCAAUGGGAUGAAAUGAAAUGAAAAUUCAGCUUGAGGAAAAACAUCUUGUUGGCUGUGCAAAGGUCUCCCAGGGGAAGCACCAGAUGCUCUAUUGCAUGUAGUUUUUAAUAUUUUUAUUGGAUGCAGUUUUAAAGAAAUCCUGUGGGGGAAAAUUACAGCCCAGAGAGGGGCCAUGACCUAGACCAGCUUUUGAAUCUCAGAACUUUUGAUUAAUUAAUUAAAUUCAAAAAGCACUUGAGUUUUCCAUUUUAUAAUUCUUUGUCCUCAAGUUCUAUGUGAUGUGCUAGCAAAUAAUAUUGACGUUAGAAUGUCGGUGGUGUUGGCACUGAAUACACAGCCUAUAGAAAUGAAGGAGGGUGUUUUACACUUGGAGAGCUGCUGCUCUGCCUGUGUAUUUCAUGGUGAGAAAUGUCAGAAGCAUUUCAGAACCAGUGGAACAUUUUCACAACUAUAUGAACCAGAAUAUUAUUUUUUGGUGAGUGCUAAUAUUUUGUGUGAACUUGCUGAAUAACCAAAAAGUGUAAGGUGCUGUCAUCAUGUUUCUGUUUCAUCUUGUGACUGUUUUUCUGCGAGAAUUAUGUAUAAAAGUAGAGAUCACUUGACUCUUAAAGGAGAAUUGCACUUUAAAUUGAAUUAGCUUAUUUCUAAUACUUACUGGAAUAAGACUUGCUGUGGAGUUCAAGAAUUGGUGAAACAAACCAAUCAAAUCUUUACUGUAUGCCCAAGUAGUAGCUAUAUGAUAUGUCAUACUUCUGCUUUGGAGUCUCUGAGUCAGGAAGACUUUUCCUUUUCCUGAAAACAAGAAUGAAUUUAAGUGCUUCCCUGAGUUAAGGGAACCUAAUGUAACCUAAUAUUAUAAAAGCAUUACAUUGUAUUUGAGUACUAGUAAUAAUGUAUCCUCUGUUAAUUUAAGUCUAUUUUGGAUAGGAAACUGUGGAAAAAUAGCUUCUGAUGUGCAAUACUAUAUUUUGUAAUUAUCUUAUUUUUAAUAUAGUUGUUUAGGAAUAAAGUCUGAAGUGACAAACAAUAUUUAAUCAACAAUGAAUCUGAAAGUUUGGAGAUUGUGUUACAAGUUGCCUUUUUCACCUUUAAGUACCUGUCUGCAGCCUUAUUCGUAGUGCAGAAGGUGGAGAAUUUGCUUGUAACGAUUAUAAAAGUAAUUAUUUUUUCAAUGAUUUUGUUUUUCUUUCACAUUCUCUGUGUUCCAGACAGGCUGAACAUGGACUGUGCCAGGUGGUCACUGCAUGGCACCUGUAAGUACAGAUGCUGCUGCGGCAGUGCUGAGGCACAGGUUUGUCACUGUUGCUAAUAGAUGUGCGGCAUUAGGCACUCCUCCUUCAGGCUGGAGGCUGAAAAAGCUUCCAGGUGCUUCUCAGGGUUUUUACUUCUUUCUUUCUUUCUCUCCUACUUCAUUAUUCCUUCUUUUCUUUUGUUGCUUCCAGUGUUCUUGCUCUGCCUCUGUGCUGUGCAAGGGAGUCCAGGUCUCCAAACAUUAUGGUUUAAUUUACUUGUAGCAAUGAAAACCCAUAUGACUUUGGAGAGCUCAGCCUCAAGCUUUGCUUGCUGAUGUUGAAAGUAAUAUUAGGCAGGACUAAGACAAAAAAUGGUGAAAAUCCCCUCUCAUCUCCUACUGCCUUUUCUCAGGCUUUUCUUUUCCCUCUGUGUGAACAUUCCAAUGCAGACCUGAUCUUUAUGCUCUGUAAGAGGGUUUCUAAUAUAUGGACCAUGUUCACACUCAGUGAUUGAGGGUUAUUACUGUUCUUCCUUUCCUGAGGAUUUUCUAGUGUAUAUUGUCUCCUUGGGUUCUGGAGUCAUCUUCCCUUUAAUAUUUUUAUUUCUUGAUUGGUUCCUUUCUCUACAGUGUGUCUGAGGAAGCUCAAAGCUGGGGGAGAUAACAGACUCAGAGCAAAUUCUUGCUGAUUUGUUAGGAAGAAGAAAUAUGCCUUCUUGCCCUUCCUUAAGUUUUUGUGGAUUAAAUUCUCAUAUGGCUUUAUAUUCCACUAAAAAUAAAACAAAUUAUGGUGUCCUCAUCUCUUUAAAUACUAAGAAUGAAGAGAGUCUGAAUAUAUCACCAAGAAAAACAACCCUCUCCCCAAGAGCUAAGUGCAAAAUAUUAAUUAAUAUUGCAGACCUCAACGGGAAAGUUCCACUUCCAGAGGAUUUGCUGGGUCCAAGGCAAUAGGAGGCAAGAACCUGUUUGUUUGCUCCCAGCUUUAGCAAAUCAGCUGCGUAGGAAUCCUUUCAUGCCUCUUAAAAGGUAUUGUUUGGUUCCUAACUCAUAAUGGAGAUCCUGAUCAAGUUCUAAUUAUUCCAGGGUUAUUUCUUUAUCUGGUAUUGACUCUUCAAAAAAUACUCUCCUUUUAGAAAGCAGAGGCUCUCCAUCAUCUUUAACCAUUGACUUGGGUCUUCUUUAGUUGGUUGCAGCUUUUAAGCUUGAUUACAUAUUUUCAUGCCCUAACUGUAAUAUUUCUCAGAUUUGAAGCAAGCACAAAGAUCCAGGCAUGUAGAAUUGAAUCAAUGUUUCAUUUGGUAGUAAAACACAUGCCUGAUAGACAGAGCUGCUUUUUUAGCUCUUCAACUGCCUGAAGAUAAAGUGGUCCCUGGAUAUCCCCCAUUUGCACCAAGGUCAGCUUCUUCACUUUCCCAUAUGCUGCUACAUUUCAUUGGUCCUAGACCUCACCUAAUAUUUUCUAUCACCUGUCAUCUGCCUACUAUCAUUGGCCUCUUACCCCCUUGGAUCACUCCCAAUUUUGAAACAUGGUGAAAUCUUCACAUGUUAAUGUGUUUUCCUUCAGGAAAUUCUGGCCUUUGAAAUGGGAAUGAACAAAAAAUUUUGGAAACGUUUAGGCAUGUGAAACUGCAAAAGACUGGUGCUUUACACUGCAUGGUGCAUAACUGUCUGAAAAUGAACAAUGGGAAUUUGGUCAUUGCACAUAUAUUUAGUCUCCUAAUAUUUAAAAAUGUGUGCCCAGGAGACCUGUGAUUGAAGCUUGGCAGUACAGCAGAGACUGUUUCCUCUGAGACACAGACUUUUAUUCAGGGACCUUCUUAAUCUAAGAUUGUUUAGCAGCCGUGUAGAAUAGCUGAACUCAAUCAAAUCGGCCACCUCGCUUCUGACUGGAGUUAUAGGUGGAUUUCCUAUAUCUCUGUUAGUGCAAUUUUUGGCUGUAGGGUGAUGGAGAGAUAGUGGGAUGUUAUCGCCUGAGCUUAGGCCUCUUGGGUUUUGCUCCUCUUGUUGAAAUGAACUUUCAGGAGUUGACUGCUUGCUUUUUGGGAAGUACCCAGAUUUGGGGAGGUAUUCAGUCUGCUUGAAGUUAUAGAAAAUUUGCUCUGCUUAUAACUUUAUUUUCCCAAAGACACAUAGAUAUCACUCUUAAAUAUUUUUCUUUUGUCAUCUGGAUUUCUUUUAAUUUAAGUAAUGUAAGGAAAAUGCUUUUUAUGUUUCUGGGCAUGCAUUUUUCUGUCUUUUUAAAGUCCAUGAGUAAUACUUCAUUGCUGACAUUCUUGUUCCUGAAAGGAAUUAUGGGCACUUUAACUGGGCUGACAGUGUGUAAUGGCACUGUUUGUUCUACAAUAUGGUAUAUUUGUAACUUGGCUGAAGGUGUAAUUUUCUAAAUUAAAAUACAUUGUAGACUUCAGCAGAAAAGUUGUUAUUCCUCCCCCUGUACCUCCAAUAAAGGUAAAUUAUACAAUAAAUGUUAUGUUUCAGUUCUUUCCAAUAAAUUGGGAAGCAAAUGUGUGGCCAGGUAUUUUGAGUUGUUUUGUUUUGGUAUUUUUUUUUUUUACCUUCUGGUAAUGUAUCUAUUUGGAAAUGCUUGUUUUAAAAGGUUUGCAGUUUCAGUAACUAUUGUGUAUACCUUCAUUUACAAGUAGCAGAACCCAUUCUAAUGCUGCAGUCCUUUGAAUACUUACAGCUGUGUUUUUCUUUGCUGCUGCAUGUAAUCCCAUUAAAACCAACACAAAUCUUUGCAGAACUGCAGCUGAAAUUUAUUCUACCAGCAUUUUUUGCCCCAUAUUGUCUUAUUCAUAUAUGCUGUUUUGUUAGAGCCAUCAUGACAAGCAGACUUAGUUUCACUUAUGCUUAAUGCAUACAGGACUGAUUUCUCCCAUCAUUAAAUCUUUUUCUGUAAAAUUCAAGUUUGUUUAGAAGAAGAUUUGCUUUCUUUGUGGAAACAGGCAUUCUAUUUGAAAUUGAGUUGCUUGCAAAAAGUGGCUUUUUCAAAGGAGACUGUUUCUUAGUAUCUUGUGUAUAUUUCAGUUCUGUUAUUAAAAAUGGUACUUUCCCAUGCGCCUGCAGUAUCUCCUGAAGCGGUGGAAAUAAAACUGUGUCUAGGAUACUGAUGGUGUUUUUGAAGAAGCUACCUUCUCUGCAUGUGAGCAUGUGUGACAAAGUGGUUGCCAGUGAGAAAAGUUUGUUGCAUAUUGGUCCUUAAAGACAUCACAGCCUCCUCAUUACUCUAAGAAUAACAGUAAACUCUUUGGAAUGACUGACUUUUAUGAUAAUCACACAAAUUUAUUGCACUUCAUUUUAACAAUUUCUAUAGGCAGCUAAUUAAAUCUGAUUUAAUGCUUUGCUGUUAGGAGUGGGAUUCAGAUGUGUUUUCUGUGUCAGAAGCAGUUGAAGGCAGAGUCCAGCAGUGCAAUAAAUUCAUGUGAUUAUCAUAAAAAUUAGAUGUUGUAUUCUUGUAGAUUUUUUUUCUUUUUAAAUUAGAACUGUUUUGGCAAAGUAGCAAUUGGAAAAUCAGAAAAAGUAAAGCUAAUAACCUUAAACUGUCACUGGAAACAUAUUUUGUUUUCCAAAUUCAGAAACUGAUAUGAAGAGCUGGAAGCAUUUUAAAAACCAGAGAAAUACAGGCAUUAUUCCCAGAGUGUUUCAGCAAUUAAAGCAAUAAGAAAUAAAAAAAAAAAAAAGCAAUAAGAAUAUUUGGUGCAGUGAGAACAUGAAGUACCUUGGUAGGGCUGAACAGGUGCUGCAACUGGAGCUGUGUGUGAUUGCUAGAUUGGAUAAGGAGUGUAGGUCUGAAAAAGGGAUGCUCCUUAUAACCACUGGAAAAAUGUAUUGAUUCAUAUAAAAGAUUAAUCCUGCAUUGUCAUUGCUGUCUUUAUAAAGCUUUCUAAAUUUCAGUGACAGCCAUUGUACUGUAAGAAGGCAUUUCCCAUGAAGAAUUGCAGCAUAAAACAUUUUAGAUAGUGUUUAACAGAAAGGAUUUCAGCAAUGAAGAUAAUUUGCCUAUAAAAUGGAAGUGUGUGGUUGUUAACUGCUAUAACAAAUUGUCAAGAAAACCUUAUUGCUGGAUUUUCAAGUACAGUUCAAUUUUGUGAACCUAAGCAUUUGCAACUACCCAGCUUGCAAUGUUGAGAGUUUCAAGGACAUUGCACUGUUACAGCAUAAAAAUUUAUUAUUUAACAGCUCAGAAGAAACUUUUGUGCCUAGUGUUAGGCUGGAACUGAAUGGCUCGAAUACAUCUUAAUAAUUUCAGCUUGCCUGGAAACAUACUGGCCAAAAUAUUGUUUACAUGGUGAGUGAUGGAUGAAAAAUGUAUUAUUGACCAGCGUUUCCAAUAGAAGCGUAAAAUUGUGCUUGAAAAUGAGAGCCUGUUGGCUGUUUGGCUAAAAGCCAGCAUGUGUCCUGUUAAGGUAUUAUUUCUUCAAAUAAAGAAAGAGGGAGAGACACCAUAUUAAAUAACCCCUUGUGAUUUGAAACAAAUAAACAAGAUUCUGAAAGAAAGAAGUGAGAAAUAAAACAGGAGGAAAAGCUGAAGGAAAACAUAAUUUUUUUUCUAAAAUGUUUUAUUUUCUGAAGUAAAUCAAUGCUCUAGACAAAUCUACCAGAGCUUCAUGAGUGAAUUAAAAAAUGUCUACCUUUGCUGGUGUGUGACAUUCCUGUGGUGGUUCCUCAGUUAUAUCUGUGUGUCUGGGAAUAGCUGAUUCUAAGCAGAUACUAUGGCAACACUAGGUUAUCUCACUUGGAUCAUAAUUUUCUAAUGACAGGAUAGGAGAAGAAUCCCUUAAAUAAGAGCAAAACUGCUCUACCAUGUGAGUAACUUUGAGCAAUUAUUCAUCCUCAGGAGAAUUUUAUGGAAGUUUAUUUUUACAUGCUUUCAUAACUCACACAAUUAAUGUUCAAGGGACAGAAGUUAGAGGUGGAUGUUAGAAUGUGACAGUAAUAAACUCCUCCUAAAAGCUGAAGCCUUACAUAAAUUAUUGGCUGAUAACUGGUGAGUUUACAAAAUCAGAUUAUUCCAAAACCUGUGUUUAGGUACAGAUUUACCUGGGGAAAGCCAGCAGGAUAUAUCAGGAAAACUGGAACAAGGAUAUUCACAUAAAUCCCUUAAUAACCAGGAAAAACAAUUGGUUCUCAAAACUCAAAAAGAAACUCAAAAAGAGUGUGAUGGUUGAUGAAAAUGAACCUGUAUUUCUUUUAUGAUCAAAUAUUUAUUUUAGUAUUUUUUUAAGCUCUGGUGGUGGGAAUCUUAAAAGACACAAACAUAAGGUUUAGAUUAUCACUUCCUUUGAAACAACUGUACAAUUUAUGCUUUUGCCUUGAAAAAUCCACCCUUGUUUAGAAUAUUUUCUGCUGCUCGUUAAUCCAGGUUUUAAGGAAAACAAACAUUUAGUGUUAUAUUUCUAUGACACUAAACUUAGUUCCUAUGUACUUGCCAGUAGCAAAGAUUCCUUCACGAGCAUCUUCAAAAAUGUAUGUUUUGAAAUGAAAAGAUCUGCUGGUGUUUCUGAGGGCAUUCCUCUGUUUAAAUUGAUUAGAGUUGGUGAUGGAGACUGUUUCCCCUAAGCUGGAAAUAACUGUUGCUUGAGGCUUUUCAGGUUUACAGCUUGUGUGUGCGUGCCCAUGUGCUUUAAUGGUAUCAGUGUGAACUCUGUGCAUGCCCUCUAUUGUGUUGUUUCUUGGGGCUAUCUGCCAGCAUUACUACUCCUCAAAGCAGAAAAAAUCCUCAGCAAUUAUUCAAAAUGCGCUGGCAAAAAUAGUCUCUUCAGGUCAUUGUUUUAAUGAAUCAGUGGUGGGACUGCUAUGAAUUGUACCAAAACCUACACAGCCUUCAUCAGGAGGACACUUUGGAUGAACUUUUGGACAGAUCCUGUACAAGGGAUUCUGGGAGGAGAACAGACAAAGAAUUCAGCAGCUUCAUUCUGGCAAGGUAAAUCACCAGGACUGACUGUUGUUCAAUUUGUUUUCAAUGUCAAAUGGCCUGACAGAGAAGGAUAAGUAUGGGACAGCUUUGUUUUUUGGAUGGAAACCUCCUUACUGGCAUGCUACAAUGGUUGGAUUCUGAGGAUUUAUUUUAAUGCCAGUCCAAACUAUAUUUUGUGAGUCCCAAACUUAAAGUUGUUCAGUUCACAUGUGUGUACACUUGCAAUUUGAGUAAGACAGUUCUGUGUGGGCUGAAAAAAACUACUUAUUUUCUUUGGUAUAAUAAUUAAUAUACUUAGUUAUUUUACUGAUUUUCAGAUGUAGUCUUUUUUGGUGGAGCAUACACCUUGCAAAGCUGAAUCUGUAUUUAACCCCACAUAACCAGAGAAAUUUAGGUUUUCAGGGUGACACUUUAUGUAUGCUUCUUUGAUAAGAGCUCUUUUGUAUCAUUGAGGUGUGGAGAGAUUUUCUGUUAAUGUGAAGAUUUCCUAGGUGUGUGUUAGCUGGUAAUAAAUAAUACCAGCGCUGCUUUUGGCCAGUCUCAAAGGCCUCCACAAACUUGAGCUCUUGUUUAUUUAUUAGGAGUGAGUGCCUUGAUGCCUUAGUGAAUGGCACUUCUUUAAAAGCACAGACAACCUGAAUUCCCUCCUGGGAAGAAUGCUGGAGAACAGGAUGCAGAACAACUGGGAUCCAGAAUUCAUUGAUGCCCUCCCUGCUGAUCUGAUGCUGGUGUGGUUCCAGUGUGAGGGAAAGUCCUGGUGUGAGGUCUGUAGGUCAGGAGCUGCUGCCAUCCUGCAGAGAAAUGAGAGAGGCUUUGUGAGCACAGAGCAGCAGAGAUGUUUAGUUAGAGCAAAGCCCUGCCAGACAUCACUGUCCUCUCCUGCAGCUGUGGUCCCCAGUGGCAUUGGGUCAAGGUCCCUGUCUGCCAUCCUUGUUUUUGCCACGUCCAAAUUUGAAGCCUCCAUUACUAGGAACAAAGAGAAUAACAAAGCAGGUACAGCACUUCAUGUGUUCAAAGCUCUUCACAAACAUUAACUAAUUAAGCCUCAGCAAGUCCUUAUGAGGCAGGUAUUUCUUCCAGCUGAGUGUUUGUGUCUGCAAUCAAGAGUAUGCUAGACUUAAUCCUCCUGUCAAUCAGCCUAAUUGAUUUAAAUGUCUAAUUGGGUUGAUUCCCUCAAGUAAGUUCUGUUUAAGAAAGGUUAGCCUGGGGAAGAGAAUUAUGCAGGGAGAAAAACAUUGCAAGAGGAAAGCCUCAGCCAAGGAAAGGCAAGGACAACUGUCAGUGGUGGUUUUAAAGGCAGCUGGGGAGACAGGAGCUAUUUUUUAUUGCUGCAAAGUAUUUUCAAAGAGGCUCAAAUAACCUAGAAUUAAACAGUCAGUCUUUGUAAAUGGGUUGGUUUCAAAAGGAGAAAUUCAAAGAGAAAACCCCUAGUAGCAGCAAUGAGUAGUAGUAUCAAGGAGAACAGUGAGGCACUGAGGGAGGCUACUCUGUGCAUGAGUUCCCACUGUCUCAUCUGCACUUUGUCUAGAGAAUGACAGCUGCCCUCAGCACCUUGAAGGAGGCUGGCAUUUUGAAACUAGAUGAUUUUUAGAGGUCCCCUCUGACCCAAACCAUUCUAUGAUUCUAACAACACUUCUUACUGUGGCGUUGAAUGGUAGUUAGUGUCUAAGUGUGCUGCAGGCCCACGUUGCCAUGGGGUAGUGG